AGUUAUGGAAAGCUGCGCGUGCGCCGAGCAAGCAAGCAGUGAUCGAGAAGGCGCCGCGCCGAGCGGCUGGCGGACAUGAUUUACGCGCGAACGCAACGAUUGAGGUUACAAGCGAUAUCGUUAGCAAUCCUGCUAGCGAUCAUCGACCAGACACAGGCCUUCACACUCCGCUACGAGUACGUGAGGCCCCACGACCUGACUGCAGAGGAAAGCAGAGUUUCAGAAGUCAGACGAGAGUUGAAACGAGACAUCGUGGAGAAUAAGGAGUUCCAGGUUGCUCCCAUAGGCGUCGCGUUGCCACUGACGAUGACUACAGAAAGCAUAGCGGAAACCACAUUGAAUAACGAAGUUGUCACAAGCAAUAACGUGAAAGAGACAAACCAGAUUGAAACCACUACAAAUACAAAUGAGCAAGUUGAAAGUAAAGUUAUAGUUGAAGACAGUACGAGUGCAGCAGCUGAUAAUGAAGUAAAAAGUGCAAAGAACCUCAUCUCGAUGCUGAGCUCGGGGCUUGAGCGUAAAAAUAGUACUACUUUAACCCAAAUAGACACAACUACGGUUAUAACGGAAACUAUUACUACUGAAUCCUCAGUUAACAAAGAAAGUAACGAAUCUAAAAACACUGACGACAUUGUUUCCAUAGUUCAUACUACUACGCCCGAUGUUACUAUAUCAGAACCAACGAAUACAGCGGCUACUACAACUGAAUCAAAUAUCAUUGAAACGACACCUACAUGGAAAAAGUAUACUAAAAUUGAAAGAAAACAUGUCAAUGCUAAAGAAAACGUCGUACCAUUACGAACAGAGCGCAUAGGUGAUUCGAUUAACGCACAUACGACUGAAACUAGAGUUAGCCUCGAGAAGGCAUUCAAUUUGGCACCAGACAUACUAUCCCUGCAAGAACUGAAAACUCAUCUUUUGGAUGCAACAAACUCCGUACCAACUGAAGUUAAUUCUACGGAGAUAGUAUCAAAAAGAGCAGGAUACUUGAAUCACACAAAGACAGAAUUAGACGAUGUCAUUCCAACUACUGAAGUCGAAAUGGACGGAGGCUUGUACGAAAUGGACACGCAUGAAGAAAGCGAUUUUACACUUAAUAAGACGUCUCACAGUCAAAUGGCAGAUGACGCGUUGAAAGAAGAACUUUUAGCAGAGGCCAAUUUAGACGACAAGAAUCUUUUCACCUACACUCCGAAAAGCGACAGGUCUCAUGUUGAACUAAAUGAAAUCACUCCUUCUCCACAAAGUACACAAGAUAACCAACGAACUGAUGAUUACCUGACAGUUCGACCUAUAAGUAGUGAUAAAAAGAGUAUUUUAUACACGGUUAGCCCCAACUAUAAGCCUCUUAAGAAGAUAGAAGUCCAGCCUUCGAAACCUUUUGUGCGUGACCCUGAUGACAAUAGCUGGAGAAACGAAAGCCUCAGUUCACUAGGAAUAGUUUUCAAAGGAAAGAACUCAACCAAAGCCUUUUCAGAAGUUAUAAAGAACAAAACUGAAAUAGUGAUGAGUAACACUACGGAACCAGAGAAAGUAUUAACAAAAGUCGACUUGAGGGACAGGCUUGAGAAAAUUGCAGAGAAAAGGAAGAGGAAGAAGAAGAUUGAUAAAUACGGGAAUACGGAGUACGGUGAUUAUGAGGAAAAUAGCUCUGGUGAUACGCAUACGUCGAAAGAAAAACCUGAAAUUAAUUUGACAACUUUACCGACACCUCCGGAGUUAAUAAAUCCAGGUAUCAUAUUUGAGACCAAAAAAGAACUGCCCGACAAAUACUCUUCUAAAAACCCCAAAUUUACGCUUGAUUAUUACGAUGGGAAAGAUGAUGACGCAGACUACGCAACGUACCCUAACAUCGAUAUCUUAAAGUCUACACCGCGACCUAGAGUCCAAUGGCCGGUGACACAAAGGAUCUUAGACAAUACUCAUCAUAUCAGAACAUACUUGCCCGACAGGCAGCCUACCGUACAAUACUUUCCUCCGAGACCUAAAACACAUAAUGUCAAUAAAUUUCCAACUAUUGGACCUAUUGGACAUACCGCACAACAAAAUGAGCCAUUUGAAACGUACACUAAAAACGCCCCUCCGAAAUAUGUCACAGCUGACAAAAUUCAACACGUUGAAUACAGACCAGUGGGCGCUAACGAUGGCUUCAUGAUUCGACAUUACAAGGACCUCCUAGAAUCAGUAGCCAAGGAUAUGGAUUACGAUAAAAACGGCCCGUACCAGACACCGAUGUCCGACGAAGGUAAAUCAGUGAAAUCGGAGGAAUAUGACUACGGCCAGCGGAAGGAAGGAAUCAAUAAAUACGUGGAUUACCUCAAUCAGAAUCACGAACGAUUCAAGGCUGACUUUCCGGUGGUAUUUAACACUAGCAUAGUACAUGGUGCGGAAAGAGGAAAGGUGCUCGCUUCUUCCAGUGCUAUGUUUAAACGAUUAUACAAUGGAGCUCAAGCACAGGAAGCGUUCGCUUUUAGUAACAGGCCUUAUGAUCUGAACUGCGAUAAUGUUACCGUAGAAUUGUCUCCUGCGUAUGAGUUACAUUACUAUGUUCCAGAUCAAGAAGAAACAGGGGUGGGCCACACUUUGCCGUACGGCUAUAGAAAUUAAUUGCUUAUAAAUGUUAAUUUAGUCCGGUUUGGUUACUCUGGAAGUCUGAAAAUUUAAAA